CUCUCUCUCUCUCUCUCUUUCUCUCUCUCUCUCUCACGUCUCUCUCCUAAGCUCCCUGGCCCUGCUCCUCUGUGCUCUCUCUCUUCCUCUGUCCUACUCCCUUUCUCUCUGGCAGCCUCUCUCUUUCUCUCCUCCCUCUCUCGCACUCUCUCUCCCUCCCUCCCCCCCCACCUCUCUCUCCCUCUCUCUUGCUCUCUCUCUCCCUCCCUCCCUCUCUCGCUCUCUCUCCGUCUCUCGGUCUCCUCAGUCCACAGCUGUGCCUCUCCAGAGUAAGUCCGUGUGUGAAUCCUGCCGGCCAUCCUCAGUGACCAAGACAUUCCGAUGACAUGCAGCCACAGCGACAGGUGGAGGUGCACAACCAUUCUAAUGGCUCCAGCAUCGUGUUCUCCGGUGAUGCCCCUGCCGCUGGGCCCCAGCCCCCCCACCACCAUCAUCAUCCCCAUCAUCAGCCCCAGCAGCAGGUGCUCUCGGUGCCCGAGCUGACCCAGGAGGUGGUGGUGAUCUCCCCAGGCCUGCCCACUCCCCCUCUCAGCCCAUACCGGCUGUACCAGCACCUGGAGGUGGAAGAUAUGAACGGCAGCGGGUACAGGCCUCCUCCUCCACCUCCCAGCUUUGGAUCGUACUACGGGCCGGGUUUUAAACCAGGGGUGGUGUCCAAUGGCGUGCAGUCUGGAAGGUCCUCCACUCUGCCCCGCAGGGGGGCCAGCAGGGAGGAGAGGCUGAUCAAGUUCUCUGGGAUCGGGCCGGUGGAUGAAACAGGGAUGCCCAUCGCCUCCCGAUCAAGCGUGAACAAACCCAAAGACUGGUACAGGAGCAUGUUCAAACAGAUCCACAAGAGGCCAGAAGAUUCAGAAUUUGAAUAUUGGUCAGAUGAAAGGAGCCAGGAUUCCACUGGGAGUUCAGAGCGUGAGCCAGUGAAGCUGUUGACUAUGGACGGGAAGGACCCCUUCGCUGUGGACAGUCAUGGGUCCCUACCUGACUGGACUCAGCUUACUCCUGGCGUAUCGGACGGGGGGAAGCAGGCGAAGCCGAGGAGCAUUUUUGACUUUGAACCUGGACAGAGCAACACCUCGGAGAGCUGCAGCAGCCAGAACCGACAGCCUGAGGUGCAGAGGGUUCCAGAGAGGGUUCCAGAGAGAGCGCCACUGAGGGUUCCAGUCAGGGCUCCGGAGCCCCCGCGUUCUCCUUCAAUAGAGGCUACGCUGGUGUCAGAGCUGAGUGCCUUCGAGGCGGAGCUGGACUCAGACAUCAAGGGAUUGGAGAGGAAGCUUUCGGAGCGGCAGCACCAACCGCGACGCCAACAAGCGCACAGGAACGGGCACGGCCACGGGCAGGGCCACGGCCGGGGUGAGCCUUCACAAGGACAGGUUGAGAGGAGCGACGCUGUAGCUGAAAUCACUGAGGACUUUGAGAAAGAGCUGGAUAACAGCACCUGGGGAGGAUCACUGUACUCUGCAGCAGAGAAGGGAGUGGAGAGUCCUCCAAGGGGAUCUCUGCACGCUGCCCCAGUGGAAGCUCCUCCAAGGGCCUUUCUGCACGCUGCCCCAGCCUAUGGUAGAGAUAGAGUCAGCCCUGUACCUGAAGACAUGGACUUCCCACCAAAGAGAGAAGAGAAGAAGAUGAAGGCAGCUCGGGCCAAGUUUAAUUUCCAAGCGCAGUCACCCAAGGAGCUUCCUCUCCAGAAAGGAGACGUGGUCUACAUCCAUCGGCAGGUGGAUGCCAACUGGUAUGAAGGGGAGCACCAUGGCCGCGCCGGCAUCUUUCCCACCAGCUACGUGGAGAUCAUCCCUCCCACUGAGAAGCCCACUCCCAUCAAGUCCCCCACCGUCCAGGUGCUGGAGUAUGGAGAGGCCGUGGCCCUGUACAACUUCAACGCAGACCUGCCCGUGGAGCUCUCCUUCAAAAAGGGGGAGGUGAUCAGCGUGACGAGGCAAGUGGACAACCAAUGGCUAGAGGGCCGCAUCCCCGGCACCUCCCGCAGCGGCAUCUUCCCCAUCAACUACGUCCAGGUCAAUAAAAAGCCCCGUACCAAGUCCUCCUCCUCCUCGGAUGACUCACCUGUCGCCACCUCCUCACCCAGCACGUGUGUGUUGCCAGCGGAGCCGCGGAGUCCAGGGCGCCCGCUCCACUCUCCGUGCUACACGCUGCGUUCGCCACUGUCCCCCUCACCGCUCAGCUACGCCAGUCCACAGCACUCGCCACACAAGCCCUGCUCACCCACACCGUCCACCACACCGCCCUCCUCGCAUGGCAGCACGCCCACGCACUCACGCUCACCGCUCUCGCCCAAUCAGCUGCCGGCAAAGCAGGCGAAGCAGCCAAUAGCCAAUCACUGGCCCCACGUCACGUCACCUGGGCCCGCGUCGCCCGCGUCACCCACGCUACACAACAACAGCAGCAACAACAGUAGCCACUUUUGGGGCGGGUCGAACGCUAGAGCUCACAGCCCAUUGGAUAGAGAUGUGAGGUCUUCUCCACUGUCGACAACCAAUCACGUUCCGUCAUCUCCUCAGGGUCCGGGACUGAACGCGGUUACCAAACCUGCCCCUUCAACGCAGCCAAAUUCCCACAGAAGUGCUCCUCCCGUACCCCAGAAUGAGACAAAGCCUGGUUCUGUAGCGGUCCAGCGAGCACCAUACAAAGCAGUAUACAACUACAGGCCACAGAACAAGGAUGAACUGGAACUGCGAGAGGGGGAUAUUUUACAGGUGGUGGAGAAGUGUGAUGACGGCUGGUUUGUAGAUUUGUAACAGGAUCCCGGAUGAAUGAUCUGAAGAUGGCAAAAGAAAGUGACACUAUGAAAGUGCCUGGACCCACAUGAUGUCUUUUUGCUUGAUUAACAAAGACAAUUGACAAUUUUAUUAUUUCUUUUCAUUUUUUUUCUGGCUUUAUGGUGUGAUGAACAGAUGUGUUCUCGUUAUUCCAGUAUACUCACCACACAGCUUUCAAAAGAAUGUUUAGCUUUAAAGUUAACACUAGCAAUAUACUGUAUUGCAUGUAGGCAAGCUUUCUUCUCCCCAAAAAUGAAUUUUGUCAUUUUCUAGCAAUUGAUGCCAAAUAUCCUGACUAUGAUCUCAAAAAUUAAUAACAUCUUUUGGCAGCACCAGUUGUAGCCUACGGACAGAGUAAGUAAAGUUCUUUCCGGAGGUGUAUGAAAUAGAAGUAGUUCUCUUACAAACUACACGACCUCACGUAGUUUAUACACCAGAUAUUCCACAAUACAUGGGUUCACAGUGUUUGUAAACACAAUAUUAUGAGGAGGGGUAAGACACUGGCAGCCAACCGACAGCGGUUUCCAACAAUCAGAGGUUGAGUUGUGCGCAGUUAGUUUCGUGCAGUCAGGGGAAAACUAAAAAUGUAGAACCCAUGUAUACCUAAUGAGGUAAAUACAGUGUAAGAGUCUUUCCUUUAUACACCUCUGUUAAACAUGGGACAGAUGCCUGAAGCAUCAUCACUUGUAUGAAUUUCUGUACCAGCUGAAUCUUGCUAAGUUCUUCAAUGCCCGUGUCCAUAUUGGCCUUGUUUACAUGAGAGAUUCAAUUCAGAAUGAACUCAAUCUAAUUGAAUGGAAUUGAGAUAAUAAAGUGAGUUAAUUCCAAAUUAAGAGAUGUUUACAUGACGUGAAUUAAGUCUGAAUUAAAUGUCUCAUGCAAACGUAGAGAGUGUGGAGAUGAGUCACUCACUCAUACACAGAGGUGUCUAACAUUCAUUACGUUUACAUGAUGUUUUUAAUUCAGAAUUAAUAAUUCAGAAUUGAAUAGUCCCGUCGAGUUUACUUUGAUCUUUCAAUUAAUUCAGAAUUAUUAACUGUUCACAUGGCGCUUUCAAGGUGAAAUUGAGCUUUAUUCAGAAUUAAAGUGAGUUCAUUCUGAAUUAAAUGUCUUGUGUAAACGAGGACUCACUCAUAUACAGAGGCGUACUCUGGGAAGUAGACACCAUCCAGUCUCUGCAACUCGCAUGUAAAACAUUUCUACGAGUUGUCCAGUGGAAAAUAGGCUACCACAAGGGGGCAUUCAUGUGUGCUUCCCAUGUUGGUAUUUGGUAUUUAUUACCAUAAUUCCCAGAGCACAUGAAUGGACCAAAAGUAGGCUACUGUUACUGAUGUAAGUACCAACACUGGUACAUGACAUUGGCCUAUAGGGCAUAUAUUAUAAUUCCACCAGGUAUUCCAUUGUACCUAAUUAGGAAGAUAACACUGUAACAGUAUUGCUACUAUUAGUUUAUACACCUCUACUCAUACAUGUAUGUUUAGGUGCCUGUUUUUCAAGCCAGCAGGGGUGUGUUUCUCAAAAGCAUAGUUGCUAGCCAGUUAGCAACUUGGGAAGUUGCCAUUGGGAAAUUGCAUGGCAAACAACAUAGUAGCUAACAUAGUUAGCAACUAUGGCUUUGAGAAUCGCACCUCUGGGCUCCAAUAAGUGCCUGUAUUGAGUGGAUGUUGAUUGCUGAAUCCUGAGUACUUUGUGUUGCAGUAGCUUAUGGCCGUGCUGCAUGACUGUUUGAAUUUAAACCAUCUGUAACCAAGCAGCCUUUUCCAAAUUUAGAGUGUAACCAAUGGAAACACUUACUUUUUUCUUUUUUCCCUCUUCCCCUUCACAUCAGAGCCUUAUUGCUUGUUUAUGAACACUUCACUGCUCAGUUUGGAUCAAGAUCACGUUGCUGAUGCAGUAACCACUUCUGAUACUCGCAAAUGAUGGAAUUUUCAGAGCUUUUCACACGCACAUUUAUACAUAUAUAGUACCACGCAUCUGAAAUGGGUUUUAAAGCUACCAUACUUCAAAAGGACCUUUUAUAGACCUUGCGGAAAAAAGCAAAGGCUGCACUUAUUAAAACAGACCAUAAUAGAAGCCUCUUCCUGGAUAUCACAUGCCAAUACUUCUUAUUGACAGGCUUGUAAUGAACUGUGGUAAACUAUCUUAUGAUUGAGUGCAUAUUUAUAUACUAUGCCUCAGGGAAACCUCUACAGUAGCCCUGCAAUGCUGCACUGUUUUUAACUAACUCCACUAAUCAAUAACUGUAUUUGACAUUCAACAUUUUAUUUUCUUGGGACAUUUUCACAUUUAUUCCAGUUAAAAUAUGUAUGGUUCUUCAUGACUGAAUGACAUGGAUACUAGUAUGACUGAUUUCUAUAUAAUAACAUGCAUAUACAAUGGACGAGAGGUAGGUCUGUAAAUAAAUGCUUUAAUUAUCCGUUGUGUCUGGUUUGUUUUAACCUCACUGUUUAUCUUUUCCGGUGAGACAAUGUACAGAUUUUUUUAGCACGUUAUGAAAUUGCAAAAUAAUAUAUUUUCCUGACAGCUCAAUGUAUUUCUAUGUAAGGUACUCACAUGUCUGCAAAAAUAUCCAAAUAAAAAUAAA